AUGGGCAGUGAGGAGGAUCUCACUGACCUAGGAUAUACUGAGGAAAAUCUCUUUGACAAAAGGGAGCAAGAGCCCCUAGAUGAACAUGCAGAUAUGGAGACAAUGAUUGGGGAGGAAGGAUACAAAGAGGUGAAUCCCAAAGCACAGCCCCCUUUUGGGCUAAUGAUGGUGGAGCUCCAGAAGAAGGAAAAGAGCCUCAACCCAACCAUUCAGGAAGCACUGGCUGGAGAGGACAAGAGUUUCUGGGAGGAAGCAAUGCACAAAGAGUUGGAAGGGCUAGAGGCGAUGGGUACAUGGGAGACCACUUACCUACCACAUGGUAUGAACACAGUUGACAUGCAAUGGGUGUUGAAGAUCAAAACAGAUGCAAAUCUGAUUCCCACAAAGUACAAGGCUUACUUGAACUCAAGUCUACACUAUGAUGUCUACCUCAAGCUGCCUGUUGGAACCAAAGUGCUGCCAGGGAAAGUGCUAAAGCUCAUGAAAGGACUCUAUGGGCUGAAACAAUCAGGCUCAUAUGUGGAUGACAUGCUCAUUGCAUCACCUAGCUGGAAGGAAGUUGACCAUACCAAAGCAGAAAUCAUGGGCAAGUGGGGGAUGGAGGACAACAGACCAGUUAAGGAGUUCUUAGGCAUCAAGAUCAUGCAAGAUAGGAAUCAAGGCAAGAUUUCACUUGAUCUAACAGUGUAUAUUAAAGGCAUGGUCAGCAAGGAUCCAGCCAAGCACUGGAAACUCAAGCACAUUGACACCAGAUACUACUUCAUUAGGGACCAUGUGCAAGAUGGUGACAUAUCAAUCAAGUUCAUUGGAAUGGCCAACAACAUGGCCGACAUACUCACAAAGCCUCUCAAGGGACUCAACAUGACAAGGAUAUCGAGAAUGAUGGGAUUGGAUAUGCCAUUGAGGAGGGGAGUUGAAGAUGCACCAGCAUUGCCAACAUGUGACAUAUUAAAUGGGAGCUCACAGGAUCAGGGAAUCAGGAAGAUAUUGGGCAACGAGGAAGACGAGCAGGAUGCAAAGCUAGUGGGGGAACUAAUGUAA